UCUUCUUGAAAGAUGUUUUACUUUUUCAUUAUUUGCAUGUAUUUUCUUUUGGGUUGUUCCUGUGUUGGCAUGGGGCAGGUCACUAAAAUAGACUUUAAAAAGAGGAAGGAAAAAAAUUGCAAAAACAGCAAAAGAAAGUUUUCAGCUCACAUUUGCAGUUCACUCUCCUGGAGUCUGUUUGCUGUGUCUGAAACUACAACACGUUUUCUGCAGUGAUGUCACAGAUACCGGCUCCUUCUCUUCUUCUGGUUUUUAUGCUCAUGAUUUCAGGAGUUUGUAGCCAGUGGAGUGAUUGGAGUGUGAGUUACAGUCCUUCACACAUCUGUGCACUAAAGGACUCAUCAGUGUUAAUGAGCUGCACUUAUACAUACCCUAAUAGAUAUCAGAUCAUGAAAGUGUUCUGGACCAAAGGUGAUGCAAAAGAUAAUGGAGAGUUUCUAGAUCUGUCUGAGGACCCUGAAUACAGUCAGAGGCUUCAGUAUCUGGGAGAUAAACAGCAGAACUGCACCAUCAGACUGAGUCAUGUGACACUGAAUGAUUCACGCAUGUACUAUUUCAGAUUCAUCACUGAUAAGGCUGAUGGUAAAUGGAUUGGUAAACCAGGAGUGACUCUUACUGUCACAGAUCUUCAGGUGGAGUCUCCUGAGAGAGUGACAGAGGGAGAUUCAGUCCAUCUGACAUGUAACAGCAGCUGCACUCUGACUGACAGAGCAACAUUCAUCUGGUACAGAAACUCACAGCCAUUAACUACAGGAAUCACUGGAAACCAGCUCAGCCUCGGACGAAUCAGCAGAGAAGAUACAAGCAGAUAUAGCUGUGGUGUAGAUGGACACAGUUACAGAUCUCCUGCUGUUCAACUCAAUAUCAGAUAUCCUCCCAGGAACGUCUCAGUGUUGAUAAAUGGAUCUGGUGAAAUAGUGUCAGGAGAUUCAGUGACUCUGAUCUGCAGCAGUGAUUCAAACCCUCCUGCUCUGAACUUCAGCUGGUUUAAGGAGAAUGAAAGCUCAGCUGUUGGAUCUGGACAGAGUUUCAGUGCACUACAGAGUGGACGCUUCUACUGUCAGGCUCACAAUCAACAUGGAUCUCAGAGAUCAGACGCUGUGACUGUCACAGUUCAUCAUCGUCUCGGUUGGCAUGUCUGGUUGGGGAUCUCAGUGGCAUGUGUAGGAUUCUUCAUCAUCUUCAUCAUUCUGUUUAUAAUGAGAAAACGAAGAGAUGCAAAAACUGAAGACCUCACAGUGAAACAGGACAAUCUGUACUCUGACGUAACAGGGAGAGACGUUCAUGUUUCUGAAUCAGCUGAUUUUGACGACGCUCAGUACGCCACUGUUACUUCCAGAAAAUCCAGAAGAGACAGAAACACUCCUGAUCGCAGAGAUUCUGAGGAGAUCCAGUACGCAACUGUACAACAUCACAAAAACAAACAGACCAAGAGAUCAGAGGAGAACGAAAGCCAGUACGACAAUAUCAGGAUUCACCAGCCUGAAUCUGCUGUGAGGCGAUCAAAUGUUGAAUCUGUGGAAGAGGCUUCUGUGAUCUACAGCUGUGUCAAAUGAUGAUAAUAGAGACCAUCAUGAAGACAAAGACCAAAACAAAUAAUAAUUAAUGUUCUGAAAGUAGACCUGUGAAUGUAGCAUGCUCAGUUAUUUAUUAUUCAUUAUUCAGGUAAAUAGAUGACAGGAAUGCAGUGAAUAUGAUUUUUUAAAAGAUGAAGAAUACAAAGGAAAGAGCCAAGAACCCACAACACAGUGUUUGAUGAGACUAGAAAACCUUUUGUGAUGUCACUGGCUGGUAAUUCGAUUUAAACUUUUGAUUUCAAAUGUUUUCUGUGACCAAAUAAAAAAAUCAUAUCGGUUUUAUCAAA